CGGUGGGGACGUGCAGGGAGCCGGAGCUGCGGAGGGAGGAGGGAAGGGCUCUCCCCGGCGAGGUUUGGGCUACCUGCUGCGGGGGGGAUGGAGGAGCACGGCCACCCGUACGGCGCCCGCAGCCCCGCCUGGGAGGAACUGGAGUCCGGGAAGAUGGCCGGGGCCGAGGCGGGGAUGAGCGGCGCCGGCAUCCAGCAGCAGCCCCAGCACCCGGCGGCGGUGGGAGCGGCGGUGGGGGCAGCGGACGAGUCGUCGGACAGCGACGGGGAGCACGAGGGCCCCCAAAAACUCAUCCGCAAAGUGUCCACCUCGGGGCAGAUCCGCAGCAAGACAAGUAUAAAAGAAGGAUUACUACUGAAGCAAACCAGUUCUUUUCAGAGGUGGAAAAAGCGUUAUUUCAAGCUUCGAGGUCGUACCCUUUACUAUGCUAAGGAUUCAAAGUCUCUAAUAUUUGAUGAAGUUGACCUGUCAGAUGCCAGUGUAGCUGAAUCAAGCACAAAAAAUGUCAACAACAGCUUCACGAUAAUCACUCCAUUUAGGAGGCUAAUAUUGUGUGCUGAGAACAGAAAAGAAAUGGAGGACUGGAUAAGCUCUUUAAAGUCCGUACAGUCCAGGGAACACUAUGAGACCGCACAGUUUAAUGUGGAACAUUUCUCAGGGAUGCAUAACUGGUACGCCUGCUCCCAUGCCCGACCUACCUUCUGUAACGUGUGUAGAGAGAGCCUCUCUGGAGUCACUUCUCACGGCCUGUCUUGUGAAGUGUGUAAGUUUAAAGCACAUAAAAGAUGUGCUGUCAGAGCAACAAAUAACUGCAAGUGGACUACAUUAGCCUCCAUUGGAAAAGAUAUCAUUGAAGAUGAAGAUGGUGUAGCUAUGCCUCACCAGUGGUUAGAGGGUAAUUUGCCUGUCAGUGCCAAAUGUGCAGUCUGCGACAAGACCUGUGGCAGUGUUUUACGCCUGCAAGAUUGGAAGUGCCUUUGGUGUAAAGCUAUGGUUCACACUGCCUGUAAAGAUCUGUAUCCUCGUAAAUGUCCACUCGGCCAAUGUAAGGUAUCGAUCAUACCUCCAACAGCACUAAACAGUAUAGACUCUGAUGGUUUCUGGAAAGCCACAUGCCCGCCAUCCUGUGCCAGUCCUCUUUUAGUUUUUGUUAACUCAAAGAGUGGAGACAAUCAGGGAGUAAAGUUUCUUCGUCGAUUCAAACAGUCGUUAAAUCCAGCUCAGGUGUUCGAUUUAAUGAAUGGAGGACCUCACUUAGGUUUGCGGUUAUUUCAGAAGUUCGACAACUUCCGGAUUCUUGUAUGUGGUGGAGAUGGAAGCGUGGGUUGGGUGUUGUCAGAAAUUGAUAAACUCAGCUUGCACAAACAGUGUCAGUUAGGAGUGUUACCCCUUGGUACUGGAAAUGACCUUGCUCGUGUCCUUGGUUGGGGAGGAUCCUGUGAUGAUGAUACACAACUUCCUCAGAUUUUGGAGAAAUUGGAACGAGCCAGUACGAAAAUGUUAGACAGGUGGAGUAUAAUGUCAUACGAACUGAAAUUACCAGCAAAGCCUUCUAUUCCUUCAGUCACUGCAGAAGAAGAGUCAGAGGAAUGCCAGAUAUCUGCUUAUGAGGAUUCAGUUGCUGCUCAUCUUGCAAAAAUUCUCAAUUCUGAUCAGCACUCAGUUGUCAUAUCAUCUGCCAAAAUAUUAUGUGAAACUGUAAAGGACUUUGUUGCUAAAAUAGGGAAGACUUACGAAAAACCAGUGGAAAAUGCAGAUGAAGCUGAUGCCAUGGCCAUUAAAUGUUCAGAGUUAAAUGAGAAGCUAGACCUGUUGCUCCAAGCUCUUCACACAGAAGCCCAGGCUGCUCCUAUUCUCCCAGGCAUCACUCCCCACAUUGUGGAAGAAGAAGGAGAGGAGUUUUCAAGUGAGGAAUCCUUGUCUGAAAGUAAAGAGCAAUUAGCAGAGUGUGUUGCAAAGUCUUCCACCCAGAAACUCUUCAAACCAAGAGAACAGUUAAUGCUCCGGGCAAACAGCUUGAAGAAGGCUGUGAGGCAGAUCAUUGAACAAGCAGAAAAAGUUGUGGAUGAGCAGAAUGCUCAUAGUGAAGAACAAGUGAACCAGUCCCCUGUAGAAUAUAGCAAAGAAUUGGAUGAAUCCAAAGAAGAGGAAAAAGACGAAGAUACAAAGGAAUAUGAGUCCCAGUCAAUUAAAACUGCACCAAGAUCUCCAGAUCGACGUACAAGUCGAGGUAUUCAUUCCCAGACAGGCUCGUUCUCUGCUCCGGCUUUGGCUGCCGGUAAAGAAAACCUCCCUGUGCUUAACACUAGGAUUAUCUGCCCAGGUUUAAGGGCUGGCCUAGCUGCUUCUAUUGCAGGAAGUUCAAUUAUUAGUAAAAUGUUGCUAGCAAACAUCGAUCCAUUUGGUGCUACACCAUUUAUUGACCCGGAUCCAGAUUCGCUGGAGGGAUAUUCAGAAAAAUGUGUCAUGAACAACUAUUUUGGAAUUGGGUUAGAUGCAAAAAUUUCCCUUGAAUUUAAUAACAAGCGAGAAGAGCACCCUGAAAAGUGCAGAAGUCGGACAAAAAACAUGAUGUGGUAUGGAGUUCUUGGCACAAAAGAGCUGCUGCAGAGAACUUACAAGAACUUAGAACAAAAAGUUCAACUGGAGUGUGACGGACAGUACAUCCCCCUUCCAAGUCUGCAGGGCAUAGCUGUGCUAAACAUUCCCAGUUAUGCUGGUGGGACUAAUUUCUGGGGUGGAACCAAGGAAGAUGAUAUAUUUGGGGCCCCAUCUUUUGAUGAUAAAAUCUUAGAAGUUGUGGCAGUAUUUGGCAGCAUGCAGAUGGCAGUUUCAAGAGUUAUCAAACUGCAACACCACCGGAUAGCUCAGUGUCGGUCAGUAAAGAUCACCAUACUUGGUGAUGAAGGGGUUCCAGUGCAAGUCGAUGGAGAGGCAUGGAUCCAGCCCCCGGGAGUUAUUAAAAUUGUACAUAAAAACAGAGCUCAGAUGCUAACACGAGACAGAGCCUUUGAAAACACCCUGAAGUCUUGGGAAGACAAACAGAAGUAUGAUUCCUGCAAACCUGUCAUUCGAUCUCCCUUGUACCCUCAACAGGCUGUUGAGUUGGCUACAGAAGAAGAAGUCACUCAGAUACAGCUUUGUUCACAAGCUGCAGAAGAACUUAUUACCAGAAUCUGUGAAGCUGCAAAAAUACAUGGCCUCUUGGAGCAGGAGCUUGCUCAUGCUGUUAAUGCAUGUUCACAUGCAUUAAAUAAAGCCAACCCAAGGUUUCCUGAGAGCCUUACCAGAAACACUGCCAUGGAGAUAGCUGUCAAUGUGAAGGCCUUACAUAAUGAAACUGAAUCCCUGCUAGUAGGAAGAGUUCCUUUGCAGUUAGAAGCUCCCCAUGAAGAGCUGCUGUCUGAUGCUUUGCACAGCGUGGAGACAGAGUUGAGAAAACUUGCUGAGAUACCUUGGCUUUAUUAUGUUUUUCAACCAAAUGAUGAUGAGGAUCCUCCUUUGGAUUAUGCUAAAAGAAACAACAGAAGUACAGUGUUUCGCAUAGUGCCAAAGUUUAAAAAAGAAAAAAUUCAGAAGCAUAAGACCAGCCCUCAGCCUGUUCAAAAAUGGGGCACAGAUGAAGUUGCUGCUUGGCUGGAUCUGCUCAGUUUGGGAGAGUACAAAGAAAUCUUCAUCAGCCAUGACAUCCGAGGCUCUGAGCUUUUACAUCUGGAAAGGCGAGAUCUUAAGGACCUGGGGAUAACGAAAGUGGGUCAUAUGAAGCGAAUUCUCCAGGGAAUUAAAGAGCUCGGCAAGAACACCCCUUUGUCUGACGUGUAAUUAUGCUGGUACUUUCCUGAGAGAGAGAGGGAAAGUUGCUGGAGAAGCAGAGCUGUUGCAGGCACUUAGCUGUCUUUGUAUACUGUAUGGAAGAAUAAGCACUGGUGUAUUUGUACAGGCUAGUGUCUCUGAAUGAUUGUACGGUGAACAGCUUGUUGCAAGAGCAAAAAAGGAUUUGUGCCAAAAAAAAAAAAGAAAAAAAAAGAAAAAAAAGGAAAAGGUUAUACGUUCCAUGAAGGCAUUUUCUUGGUGUUCAAACUUGGCCAGUUCAGAUAAGCACAUUUUGGUAAAUCAGUUGGUUGAUGGUGAACUGCACUGACUGGAAAACAUAAUCGAGAAAUGAUCGCUUUGCUUACAUGCAGCUCAGUAUGCCUCUCUUUACGACGCAGCAAGAUGCCACCAUACAGCAUGAGGUUGUCUGGUAGUCCUUUCCAGGCAUGGCUUCCAUAAAAGCUCCCGUGCAGGAGACUGAGAGGUGGCCACUUUCGAGGUUCAACACGCAAGUCUAGCAACACCUCAGGUACCUCGCACUCACGGGCCACGCAGGACGGGGAAAGAUACCUUGUUAUACCAUGAAUGCAAACUGUAAUGCAUGGUGUGCCUGCCUGAAUUGUCUGUCAUUCCGUUGCAUGACACUUCUGAUACUUUAAACACUUGAACAACUUUUAUAUCGGUUUGAAUGAAAUUUAAUUUAUUACUACUUGAGUGUCCUUUUUUUGGUUUCAGGCACUUUUCUAUUCUUCAGUGUUGUGUUAUUCCUAAAUGUGUUCUAUGGCAAAGGAUGUGUGGGUGUGGAAACUUAGCAUUUGUGCCAUAUUCAGCAAAUUAUAUGCAUUAUAUAUGAUUGAAACACUGUACAGUUAGAUUUUUAAAUAUACCAUGUACAGAAGGUGUAUCAGGUAACUAACUUAUGAGUAUUUUUGAAAGACCGGUACCUCACAAAAAUAUCAAUUGGCUUCCUGCAUGGAAAAUUAUAAAGAAUUUUCUCAUGGUGCAUUUAAUGUAGUUAUUCAGUUAUCUUAAACAUCUGUAGCUUAUUUGAACUUGUAGGAACUAAUGGUUUUAUUUAUUCUAUUGUUCUAAAAGCAGGUUGAAAGAUUAAUGAAAAUUUUUAUGGGAAAAUUUAAAGUAUUUAUCAUAAGUAAGAAAAGUGUUAAAAUGUAGCAUCUGAUUUGAUUUUUGUGGGGUAAAAGCUUUUACUCAUUACUAAUUUACUAUUAAUUUAAAAAUUUCUAUGUAUGCAUUUCUUUACAAAGACAUCAAUUUGUUUCUUGUCAGCACUCCUACAUCAGUAGAUCAUAAAAAAAAUUUAAAAACUCUAAAGUUUUACACUAUGCAUGCAAAGAUGAAUCACAUGCAAGCCAAUAAUCUAUGAGUGUAAACAGGUUAAAAAAUGAAAAACAUCUUUGUUUAGUAAUUGCAUUAGACUAGAGUUUAUAAGGUUAUUUACAGUUUACUUAAACAAAACAUAGCUUCAUAAUUGAAUUUCCUGGUUAAUUUCUCACAAAGUAUUAAUCCAGUAGAAAAAUAAUGUGCUUUAUAUUUUAUAUAAAUAUGAAAUAUAUCUAGGGGUUAAGACACAAAAAAAAUACUUAAAUGUUUGAGAUGAGAUGAUAUUGCAUCACAUGCCAGAGAACUCGCCCAGAACCUUUGUCUCCUUGCUGUUCUGAUCAACGUGGCAUUCCCACCAGAGGAACACUUGACUUAUGCUUUAUGAAGUAUCUUUGUUGAUUCUUACAGGUUAAGGAGUAUGCUAAUAUGUAUUUCUGUUUUCCUAGUAGACAAUAGAGUAAGGUUUCAUUUGUUUGGUCAAAAGCUUUUCUCCAUUUAAAGGGGACAACGUCACGUACCACAUCCUGGCUUUGUCAUCCUUUUCUCAUGAGGAUGAUGGGAAUCAUCCCUUGGAAAAUCAGAUGUGUUCCCUUCAUUGUUUUAUCACAAGCGAUGUUAAAAAGCAGUAAAACAGUCUUCGUUUAUAUCGAGUUGGAGUACUAUGUGCUCUUGCUGCUGUAGGUUAAACCAGCACCACUCUGGGAGCUUUGUGGACAUAAUCGAUUGUUCUGGUCAACAAACAAAAGUAAAGGGCUAUGUUCCAUUAGGUUUUCAGUAAAAAACAACACAAAAGCUGCUUGUCAAGUGACAUUAUUUUCAUGCUGUUGUAUUAAAAGCAUAUGUAAACAAUGGAAAGUUAUGCAAACAAUGGAAAGAUAUAUUUUUUAAUGUACUUGACGUUGACCCCUUUAAUGAUGUUCAGAUGGCAUCUGUCAAGUCUUCACAAGUAGUAUUUCCUUUUCUCUCUUUUUUUUUUUCUUUCUCUGUAAGCUGUGAUAUAUUUUAAUGUGCAGCAGCAUUCUAAUAUGUCGAUGUUAUGGUAGACAAUGUAGUUAGUAUUCCUGGUGAAGUCAAGGAUGUAAUUCAUAAAAGAACUUUCUUUGCUUUCCUGAUUGUAGGAUUCACCCUCUCCACAACUUUCAGUCUUGCUAUAUGCAAUGUGGUAAGAUGGGCUAUAGAGCAGGAUAUCUUAAGGCAACAUGAUGAUGGCUAUAGAGGCCAAAAUGAGUAUAUUAAAAAAUCAGAGGUGCUUUUAGGCAGGGAACAUGACCAAGUGUUGUUUUGUAAUGCGAUUUUCUUAUGACACUCUUAGAUUACCUCAGUAUAGGACAACUUGUCUUUGCAAAAUUCCAUUUUUUUAAGUGACCACCAAAGAAUUCAACUUUGAUUGUCCUAAAGCAAAGGUUUUUUUUUAAAUGUGCAAAUAGAAAAAGUAUUUUAAUCAUCAGUUAUGCUAUAUUUAAUAGCAUGAUCUGUAUGCCCAGGAGAGCACAUUUUAUGCAGCUCUAUGCCUUAGAAUAGUUUUGAAUAUCAAUUCCAAAUGCAUUUGAUAAGGAGGCUCAAAAUAUUUUAUGGGAUUUUGCUACUGAGGUCAUGGGUUAUAACUGUUUUAUGUGACGUGUUAACACAGUGUUAACUAUCUCAUGAUUAUUGCAGAUUUCCAAGUAUUGUUUUUUUCCUUAGCACUGUCAAAAUCUCAGCUCCUAGACCUGAAAGACAUACAUAGAUUGUAUGUUAGCAAACAGAAUUCUUUAUAAUUUAAUCCCAAUGUUUAAAGGGCUUUAAAGCAUACUUCCUAAUAUUUCAAUACAAAUAAGAUAAGCCAAUUCCCUAGAAGUAGUUAAUUUUCUAGAAAACUAGUUAAUCCCAGUAGCUUUUGUGGAGCCUGCUUCAACAUGCUAGAUUCAUGAAGACAAAAAACACUGUAUAGUGUUUACUGGAUUAAUUUUUCUUCUCCCAAUAGUCCGAUAUACUUAACCUCUGUGGUCAGUCAGCAUACCUUAAAAUCUGUGAAGGCAAUGCCAAGCAAUCAACAUUUUUUGAAGUGGAUGGUAUUCAUGUAGAUUAAUGUGCUAUGCUUCAGAAAGUGGAAGAGAAGGUUUUUAAAUGACAGUAGAUCGCUUAGCACGUGUUUGUUUUGUCAUUUUCAAGUAGAUUUUUUUUCCAGCUUCUUGUGUUCAAUUGUUAUAGCAGCCUCUGAUUUGGGUGAUGCAUGUAUUGCCUUUGUAAUACGUAACGCCUUCUUUUUAUCUUUUUAGAAACUGAAUGAAGUAAGGCAAGAUCAUGGUUUUAUUUAUUUUUUUACAAUACUUUAAAGAAAAAAACUUGUUCAAAAAUGAUUUUUUUACUGUGAUGGCAACUGCAAAUUUUCUUUAUGAUACGUUUUUGUGUAUUUCUCCCUAACCAUUAUUUUUUCUCCUAAACACCUAUUUCUUUCAAAGAAAAAUAUUUUAAACCUCUGGAAGAACAGUAAAAGAUAAAGCAUGUGAUCAAAAACCUUCCCAGACAAUUUUAAUCCAGUAUUUUCUUACUUUGGGACUGGAGUAAAUAUCCUUGGCCCUAUAAAUAAUAAAUAGAAAACAUCUUUCUAUCUCCAUCCCUGCCCAAGGAAAUUCAGGCUGUAAUGUUUGUAAUUGUAAUUCAAGUAAGAGGAAUUUAUUUAUUUUAUUUUAUUUUAUUUUUUAUAAUGUCCCAUUUCAUAUAUUCCUUUUUUUUUUUCUUUUUGUAGAGAAAUACAAAACCUGACAGGUUUUACUUUUUAGUUGAACUCAGUGAUGCUCAUUCACUUAAUGAAAAUUUCAUUAUGCCCUGAUAAUGCACUGAUCUUGUUGCAAGGCUAAAAUAAUCAGCAUUUUUCGUUGCAUCUAGACAGGAAACCUUCACAUGUAAUGGAAAAGUAAUAUUUAAACCAACUAGGAGAGGAAGUACAGCAGUGUUACUUUUAAAAUAAAUUUAAAACUACAUAUUAUAUAUAGAUAAUUUCACAAAGGACAUACAAGAAAAACAACAACAACAACAAAACCCACAGUGAUUCCGUUUUGCUUGAUGCUUGCUAUUAAUGAUUGCAUUACUAAUGUUUGCUGCUUUUUCUCCAUUGCUCUAUCUGUGCCCCUGAGUAUUAAGUUCUUGAAUACAAGUUUGAGAGUUCUGGUAACUAAUAAUUAGCAGUGUAAAGUGUAUUUGUGAAAGUUAAAGUUGCAAGCAAUGUAUGUUGUUGAGGAUAACUGAGCUGGAGCAAUAUAUUUAGUGUACAACCAGGAAAUCAUCUUGUCACUUAUGUCAGUGAGAGCCCCAGAAAACUGUAUUAAUUUUGUUUUUAUUUUUUCACCCCAACAUACCUCUCAACUGCCAUGUCCUGAGUGUUGCAUUUAUACCAUGGGCUCUCCCAUUUUUUGAUUGUUUUCAUAGAUUGUAUGUUUUGUGGUAUGAUUUUCAUAUCAUCAAGGUUUGAUGCUGCUUAUGCUAACUGCAAAGAUUUGAUGUUUGCAGGAACUGUAAAUGACUGUAUUGCUGUCUUAGGUAAAAGGAGGAGUUUUUGAUGACUCAAGGAAGCAGAGGAGUUUGGACAGGACUUUAAAUCUGUCUGCUGCCUCUUCAGAGCUGAAUGAGUGUCAGUAGGAUUGAUAAAGCAUCAUGUGGUAAUUAUCAAUAGAAGAUCUUUACUGGUUGUAUAAAUUCAUGUAUUUAUAUAUAGAGCAUAGUGUGGAACUUGAUCUUUUCUACAAAAAGGAAAAAAAAAUUUUCUAGUUCUUUUCUACUACUGUUGCAUUAGGUUUAAUAGCUCUGUUAAUGGUUAGCUUAUGUACUUGAAAUGCUCAUUUCUGCCAUACAGAAGCCCAGUCUGUUUCUCAGAAAUUGUAUUCCAUUUGGAAACCAUCUGGAUUGUUCCAGGAGUAUUCCUGCUGCCAGUUGGAGUUAAUACCACCAUUCACAGUAACUUUUGUAGGCUUAAAUUGAUUGCCCGCAAUAUUAUAAUCAAAAAAAAUCAUUUGAAUUUUUUUUUAAAUAUGUAGAACUAAACUCAAAACAUGAUCCUUUCAUUAUCUGUAAAAGUGUGUGUGUGUAUAUAUAUAUAUGUAUGUAUGUAUAUAUAUAUUAGCACUGUUAACACUUUAGCAAACUAGCAAAAUGCUGGCAAUUACCGACCUGGGACAAACUGUAAUGAAUUUAGCUGCAGUGCUUAAAGAGCUACCACCUUCAGAGCAGCCAAGAGAAAAUUCAUAUAUUCACAUGGUAGAACGAUAAAAAUCUCAUUCAAAUAGUUGAAGACAUUGUUUCCCAGUUGACACACACUUUUUAUGUAAGCAUUUGGGUGGGAUUUUGAGUUCAUGUUCAUGUAACCUUUUGCUUAUAUUAGCAAGGGCAGAAGAAGCUGGUGUGUAAUUUGUAUUUAACACAGGUCGUGUCUGUACUCAUGUUCCCGCACUGCUUCCCAGCUCCUGUGACUGGAUAACUUCCCAGCUGCUUGGCAAGAUGAGACCCUCACACGUCUCCCCCACUUUCCAUUCAGAAUAGCUGGACAGGCAGGCUAGGAAAGAUCUGUAGGAUGCUCCAGGAGGUCUCCUAGACUAACCAAGGCUUCAGGCCUCUAAGUCUCCUAUAGCCACGGUGAGCUAAAAUCCUCCAGGUUGUACUCCUGCAAUCCCUGCUGAAAGCGUGAUUUAGUUUGCCAUCGCGCUAACAAUUAACACUAUCUACUUGAAUGCCCUUUGAAAGAGAAGUGCUUGGGUAACUUCAUCAAUUCUGUCAGAUUUUUGAAACUACUAGAAUUUACGAUAGCUACUAGUAGGACAGGUAUGCAAGUGAUAAUUCUACAGAACAAAUACUUCGGAAAAAUAUUGUAGUAUGACUGAAAGAUUAGUGAUAGGAUUGAAAAGAAACUGAAAGUAAAAUAUGGUACAAAGCUUAAAGCCAUUUUAUUUAUUUAUUUUUUACCAAAUAAAGACCUCCACAAUGCCCGAAAUCCCUACUAUGAACAUUUGAAGAGAAUUAGCAUUGUAAAUCCUACUUUUAGUCAACUAGAAUAAUUAGAUUGGAAACUUUUUAGUUAUUAAUAAGCUGAUAAUGACUUUAACAGGGAAAGGGUUAUAGGUAAUACUAUGUUUUUCUCCCUCCCUGCAUUAGUUGCAGUAAGCUUGGCGUGGGACUGCUUCUCAUUGCAGCUGUGGUCAAUUAUUAUGUGAAUAUAGAGUUUGAGGAAAACUCUUAGAAGCUGCUUGGUUUUGUUUCUUCUAUGAGGGAGAAUACAUGUGCUGACAAGAUAUGACAUGGGGGGGUCUUAGUGAGAUUUUUAAGAUAUCAGAGCUUCUUCUCAGAUGAUUUGUGAAUGUUUAUGAUGAGUACAUAGAUGUGGAGACACUCGCCCAGAAGGUUUCCAGUGGCACUGUCCUCUCACAAGAUGCCAUCUCUCUCUAUUGAAGUAGGUAUUUCAAUAUUCUUUAUGUUGUACCAUAACUCACAUACAUAUCAACUAUCUUAAUAAACAGUGUCUUAAAUACCAGUAAAAUCCAAAGAAUAAACAUAUAGUGUCUUAAAUACCAGUAAAAUUCAGAGUAUAAGUAAGCACUUGCUUUAUCUCUCUCCACUGACAGUUAUUUUUUCAGAAUAAAUUCAUUGGUAUUCUUCACUUGGGAAGGGUAGAAAGUUUCCAUAGGAUGUCCAGAGUAGGUUAUCUUUAAAUCUGAGUGCUAUGGAAUUGCUGUGGGUGUUCUGGCAUUUUCAAAAAGCUAAUUUCUUCUAAGGGUCUUCCAGAGGUACUGAGAGGAUCCUAGCACAACAUGAGGUUUCUCUUAUUAGCCAGGCUUGUCUCUUAAAGUAGUAUUCCAGCCAAGUGCAGCCAUUAGUUCUGCAAUAACAUUCACUUAUUUGCUUGAGUAAAUGCAUAAAGUCCACAUGUAAAUGUUGCUGGAUGCAUCCCAUUCAGAGAUGUGACACUAUAGUUUUCUACAUAGCUCAUAUGUUUGGCUCUGAAUGUAUUCUGAAGCAAAAAGCUGAAAUAAGCAAUUUCUGCUUUUCUGCUUUUUUUUCCGCUUUCAUCGAUUAGAAGAUGAAAAUACAUAAUGUAGUUUGUACUGUUCUAGUCAGGUGGAAAAAAAAAUAAAAAUCACAGAAUCAAAGGAUAGUUUAGGUUGUAAAGGAGCUGUGGAGGUCAUCUUGUCCAAGCUGUGUGCUCAGUAGCUUCUGCUGUUCAUUUCCCCUUGGUCCUGCUUACCCCCAGGGAAAUUCGUUGUCUUUGCAAAUAUGCAGACUAAGGCCACAGACUGUUGGCACUUACACGUGUGCUUGGCUUCAAACAGCACUUUAGUCCCCCUUUGAGAUUGCUCGUGUAUUUUAGUUUUAGCAUUGACGUGUAAGCCUACAAGAGAUUUGGAUAGGUAGAAAUUGUUCUUCACAUGAAAGUCGUCAUCAGACUGAUCAUUGGUAGACUUCUGAAUGCCAUACCUAUGAAUGUUGUUCUCUUGCCAGUAUUUGCAUGUGCAUGUGUGUAUAUAUGCAGUAUCUAGUUGGUAGCGUGUGCACGCACACCUGUACAUAUAUAUGUAUAUAUAUAUAUACCCUGGUUUCGCCCAGUAUAAUGACAACAACUUGUGUGUAGAGCCAAAAAACUUAAAUAUAUAUACAAUGCUUGAGAUGAUGCAUUGUUUUUAUUAUAAUAUUUUUAUAUCAGAUGAAUUGCAGGAUGUUUACAGAUGCUUAUUAAUAUUUAACUUAUACAAUGGAGUGGCAGGAUGUUUAUGAUUGUUGUCAGCUAAAGAAUUGUACAAGAUUCUGGGUGAAAUUUUGGCUUUGUUGAAAUCCUUGGCAAAACUCCUAUUGAUCUCACUGGGGCCAAGAUUAAACCGCUCUGAAUCUAUUGUUUACUGGCUAUUUUCCUACUGUGAUUUUUUUUUUUGAAUGACUGAAAUGUAUUUAUUUUUCCCAAUGUGAAAUCUGCAGUUGCUAUUCGGAUUUUUUUACAGAACCUGCAAAAUACAACACAGGUGGGAAUACAUGGCUCAUUGAAUGUACAGACUUUUUCAUUGUUCUGGUCCUUGAAUGUGUCUAAGAAAAUAGCUUCUAAAAUAAUUUUGUAAGAUUUAAUAUAGAAUCUUCAAAAAAUAGAUCAUUUUUCAUAUCUUUCUCCACAAAGAUGGCAUGCAGUGUAGUAAGUGAAGGUGAAGAAUUAUUUAUACAGUUCACCUGGCUCUGUUGAUCUGGAAUGAAACAUAAAGAACCUUGUCCAAAAGUACCUUAUCUAAACAAACAAAAAAACAACCCAACCCUAUAUUAUAUAGUGUUUUAAACUUCUAAUCAAGACAUGGAGGUAUCUUCAGAGCCAGUCUGUAGAAUUAUUCUUUUAAUAUUUCAUGAGUGAAUACAAUUAUGCAAAUAUUAAGUGGUAGGGUAAGUCAGACAACUGCUUGACAUUAAAGAAAGCACUUAUUAAGAGACAGAAGGAUCAGUUCUUCUAGCACCAGGGAGGAAAAAUACUGUAAUGCAGUGCUUCCUAAAUCCCCUUCCAGGGUAUCUUUUAAUUCUGUGUGCUCCAAGUAUAUUCUUCCUGUAAAGAGACAGAAGGCUGUGUAACAGCCUAAUAAAUACAAAUUAUUAUUAUUUUUUUUUCAUCUGAGGCUAAAAAUUUUGUUUUCAAACAAGAGCUAUUGUGCACUUUGAAAUAUAUGUGUCUGGAACAGGUAAGUUUGCAUUCAUUGUAGGUAGCCAUCCUGGGGAUACAGUAAGACUUGCAAAAUGAGGUAGUUAUCAACAAUGUUAUCAAAUGUUAUCAGAAGCUGAAGAAGUAGGGAGCCAGCCUUAUUCCCCUGUGAGGCUCUUUCUGAAGACAUCUGUAUAGAAUGCCCACCCCUAGGCUUCUUUUGCUGUAACUUUGUUUAAGAAAGGAUAAUAUUCCAAUUCACACUCUUCCCCUUGCUAAUAAGGAAGGAAGUAUGCACACUGGUUGAACAUUCCAGGAUUUUGUCUCUGUUGGCUAUAGAAACCUCAGAAGAAUGAUCAGCAGUGGCUUACGAAGGCUACACAGGGCUCUGCCUGGGCUCGCCGGUCUGGUAAUGGGGAUCUGAUUGCAGAUUUGGGAUAAAAGCUCCCAUUGUGCUCCCUCUGUGGUCAGUCUCCAUGGUUAUUAGUGGGAGCAGGUGGGUGCCCAAGUGAGCAGAUAGCUUUCCUUUUGCAUGUGCAUUGUCUUUCUGUAAUUGUAAUCAGGAAUGGGGUUCAGGACUCGAUGUUAUUUGUCUGAAAGGCCAUGACGAGUACAGGAUAUCAGAGGAAAUGAGGAGGCAGGGGCUGGAGGUCAGGGUUCUGCUUUUGGUUUCCUGAUGCUAGGUUGGUAGGACCGGGGGCAAGUUGGUUACCCUUGGAAUGCCUUGCUGGCUCUGCCUGGAGCAGGAAGGGUGCUUACCAGCCUGAACAGCCCCCGAGACCUAUAGAUGAGUGGUGGUCUAUGAGUGGCUAAGUUUUACUGACACUGUUGUAUGCAGUAUAAAUAAGUUAAUUUGUCCAUAACACUGAAAAAAAAAAUUGCUUUUUCUGGUUUCAGUUCUGGCUGUUUAAUGACCUACUACAUUCUGGGUAGUCAGUUUUGAAGCUUAGCAAUUGCUAUUGUACUUACAAUUACACACAUAGUGGGCUCUGUUUGCUGCAGAAAAGAGUAAAACUUUAAACUGCCUGACAAAACUUGCCAAUGAAGUAUAUCUAACAGAGCAGGGGUGUAACUUUUGGCUUUAUUUACUUGUAAUAAUGGUAAGGAACAGUGAAUUUUGUUUGUUUACAUACUGUUUACAAUGGCACAGUUUUAUUUUUAAUAUAUUAAAACAAUUGAGGUAUUUAUUGCAUAUACUAUUUUAAAGAUGUUUUAUGUGUUUUCACCUUUGGAAUAUAUUGUUACAUUUCCUUGUACAGAUAAUUUGGGUGGCUUUGUUAAUAUAGUUAGUAAUUUUUAUGACUACUAAGUGACCAGUUUUCCGUGCCUUUUUAUUGUUGAAUGCAUGAUUACAUAUUUAUUAUUGUAUGGAAGUCACUGAGAUGUGUAUUUUUGUAUUCUGCUGGAAGCAAUGGUUGAUUUUAUUGUACAUGAUAAGAGAUGCCUUGUAUAAUGGGCACUCAUAUGAGAUCUUCCUUCUCAAAUAAACAGAAUACAUUCGAUGUA